AUGGUGAAAAUACCACAUAAGGAACUCGAGGAUCAACAACAUCAGGAAGAUGUUGAGAGUGAUACAGACAGACGCACCAUUGAUACAGAGCAUUCGAUAGAUGGUACUGAAGAAGACGACGAAGAAACCUCACCGCCAAUAUUCAAGUAUACAAGGUUGACUCAGAUUCCUGCCACUUUCUUUCAAAAGGACCAUAUAUCAAUGUGUAACUUUCAUGAGUCAGUGUUUCUUUUUGCGACCCACUCAGGUGUAAUUCAUAUUACUGAUAUAUAUUUCGCUCCGAUAAGAACAUUUAAGGCCCAUAGAGCUUCAGUGCUAUCGCUUUAUACCGAUGGGAAAUUUUUUGCCAGCGGUUCAAUGGAUGGCACAGUAGUAAUUGGCUCAAUUUAUGAUGAGAAGGAUAUAAUAGCUUAUGACUUUAAGAGACCCGUACAUUCUGUGGUUCUUGACCCAAACUACCCAAAAAGCAGGUCUUUUUUCAGUGGAGGGAUGAAUGGUAAAGUAAUAUAUUCGAGUAAAAAUUGGUUGGGACAAAAGACAGAUGUUGUGAUUGAUGAAGGAGAGGGCCCCGUUGUCUCAAUUCAUUUCAUAGAUGAUUUAUUAAUCUGGAUGAAUGAUAGAGGGAUAACUAUUUAUCAUUUUUCAUCAAGAAAGACCAUGGCAGUAAUUGAUAAACCUCAAGAUUCACCCAGAGGUGACUUAUAUUGGCCAAAAGUGAGUUUUCCCGAAACAGACAGGAUACUAGUUGGUUGGGGCAACUAUGUUUGGUCUCUAAGGAUAUCUAUUAAAACAGAUGAUCACUCUAGUAGGAUUAUUCCGUCAACGGCCACAAUUUCAUUUAGAUCAGUCCAAGAAAAGGAAAUUCAAGUAGAGCAUGUAUUUAAACUAGACUUCUUAGUAUCUGGCAUUUUGAGCUUCAGAGAUGAUUUGUGGAUGCUCCUUUCGUAUGAACCACCAUCGAAAAAUGUCGAAGGAAAAUUAGCUUUCCACUGUCCUGAUCUCAAGUUGAUAAAUUCUUCAACGGGUGAAGUUGUCUUCGAAGAAGAAAUAGGGUUGAGAAAUAUUGAUAAUUUAGGACUUAAUGACUACAUGUUGGGUUGCCAUUUAGAUAGUACGUCAAGGCACUUUAUUUUAAGUGCUACAGAUGGUGUGGUGGUUGAGGAGCUCCAAUUAAUCGAUAGAGUGAAUUGGUACAUCGAGAGAGAAAGGUAUCUUGAUGCUUGGGAGAUUAGUGAGCACUUACUUUCACCAAUCAAACGAUUAAACAUUGGUAUUCAGUAUGUUGAUUCGUUAUUAAAAGACGAUAAAUGGGAUGAGGCUAAGCAAUUUCUUGAAAGUCUUCUUUAUGUCAAUCCUGACGAAAUUAGUGAUUUUGAGACAAAAAGUAGAUACUCGAUGGAUUCGACUGUUAAUGAUGAAAAAGAGACAUACAUUAAGGAAAAAAUUUCGCAAUGGGAUACCUGGGCCAACAUAUUUAUCGAUACAAGGCAUUUCAAAGAGAUUACAGAAAUUCUACCUUCAUCUCCUAGAUUAAAUGUGCCGAAAAAGAUUUACAAUAGUAUAUUGGUAUACUGGUUACAUGAGGACCAAGAUUUAUUUUGUCAAUUGAUUGAUACUUGGAACACCUCACUCUACGAUUUGCAAGCAAUGCAAACAAAAUUGGAGGAGCAAAUAGAAACUGCUCCGGAUAACGUUAAGAUCGAAAGAUGUCUUUCCGAUUUAUAUGUCAAGUCAUUUAGGCCAGAGAAAGCUGUACCUCACCUUAUACACUUAAAAGAUCCAAACAUAACUCAAUUCUUAGCCAGACACCAUUUGCUAAUUAAUUUUCUCGAUGAUUUACCUAAUAUUGUUACUUUCAGGUUUUCUGACUCAGAAAUGUCCACUUUGCCGAUACAAGAUAUUGGUAGUAAGCUCGGCGAUAUCAUCGAUGUGUUAGUUGAUCAUCGGCAUGAAAUUCUUCCAAAGGAUAUAUUAUCUUUAUUCUUUCGAAAUCAUCAAGAUUUUAUCUGCUAUUUUUACUUAGAAAAGUUGGCGCUGGUUGAUGAAUAUCUCACGCAGCCACUUGGUAAUGAAAGAAUCGAGCUUUAUGCUUUGUUCAAUAGAAAGUCUCUACUGCCGUUCCUUGCUAAAAACAGUAAUUAUAAUAUUGAUGAGGCGAUAUCGCUUUGCGAGAGAAACGAUUUUACCGAAGAAUUAGUAUACUUAUUAGGAAAAAUUGGAGAAAAUCGAAGGGCCCUUACAUUAAUUAUAAAUAAGCUAGAUGAUCCAGAUAUGGCAAUCGAAUUCGCUAAACGGCAAAAUGACAAGGAAGCGUGGAAUAGUCUCCUUGAUUUCUCUAUGACAAAACCUGCGUUUAUUAAAGCUUUAUUGGAAUGUGCCGAUGAACAAUCUAACUCAUUUUAUGAUCCUAUAUCGAUCUUGGAGAGAAUGCCAGAAAAUAUAGAUAUAGAGGGAUUCAAAAACACGGUCAUAAAGUUCUCAAAUAAAAACGAAUUGACUCUUCUACUCAACCAACUAAUAUUAAGGAUUAUACUUGAACAAUCAAGUGUACUAUCGAAGUCAUACAAAUUUGAAAAGUUGAGAGGAUUUGAAGUCUCUAUAGACUCAUUACGUCAAAAUGAUCUUGUCGAAAAAUAUCAAUCAAUACUAAUCAUCGAAGAUAAACAAGAGAAAAUAAAUUAUGAACUAGAAUCUCUUCUCAAUAAGAAUUAUAGCCCGAAAUCUUAUUCAAGAAUGAAGUACAAGAUUCGACAUUUUGAGUUUAUAAAAAAAUUAUUCAAAUAG